GAUUUCUUUUAAAUAGGUGAUGAGAGCCUCAUAAAACGUUGUACGCAAACUGGAGCUUCGACCUUGAACAUCCAUAAUAUUUGUACAGCUGUUAUCUCAACACAGCUGGGUAAAAUGGCUGCAGCAACGACGAGGCGACUGUGUGCAACAUCGAGGAUAUUGAACUCACCAUUUUGGACAUGUAAGUCCCGUCGGACACCAGAUGAGCGCUGCCUAUGGACCAGUGUCCCUAAACAGAGCCCAAUAGGGUCCGAGCCCGAACCCGAGAGCCCACGAAUGAAAACUGAGGUCCCGGGCCCAACCUCUCAACAUCUGCUGAAGGAACUAGAUAAAAUACAGAAUGUUGGGUCAGUACAUUUUUUCUGCGACUACGAAAAAAGCAAGGGCAAUUACGUGGUUGACGUUGACGGCAACGUCAUGUUGGACCUCUUUACGCAGAUUUCAUCACUCCCGCUAGGGUACAAUCAUCCCGCCAUGAUUGCAGCAGCCACGGACCCGGCAAACCUGGCGACGUUUGUGAACCGGCCCGCUCUAGGCGUGUACCCGCCAGCGGAUUGGGUGGCCCGUCUCCAAGGCGCUCUUAUAGAUAUUGCCCCUCCCGGUUUCCGGCACGUGCAGACGAUGGCGUGCGGCGCGUGCUCCGUCGAACACGGCAUGAAGGCCAUGUUUAUCAAGUAUAUGAGUGACCGGCGCGGUGGUGCCCCCUUCACCAAGGAGGAAAUGGAUACGUCAUUAAGGAACCAGCAGCCCGGGGCCCCUAAUCUGUCGGUCCUCUCGUUUGAUAACGCCUUCCAUGGCAGAACCAUGGGUUGCCUUGGUUUGACGCACACCAAGUGGAUUCACAAGAUCGACUUCCCCGCCCCUGAUUGGCCGAUCGCCCGAUUCCCCGUUCUUCAAUACCCGCUCGAGGACUUUGUGGAAGAAAAUAUCGCCGAAGAGAAGAUGUGCCUGGAAAUGGUGGAGGACUUAAUCGAGAAGUGGGGAAGGAAGGGGAUGCCUGUAGCAGGAGUGGCGGUGGAGCCCAUCCAGGGAGAAGGCGGCGACAACAUGGCGUCGCAGGAUUUCUUCCAGGGCCUCCGGGAUAUUACCAAUCAGAGAGGUAUCGGCCUGUUAAUGGAUGAGGUUCAGACCGGAUGUGGUGCCACGGGGACGUUCUGGGCGCAUGAGCAGUUCAACUUGACCGACACACCAGAUGUGGUAACCUUCAGCAAGAAAAUGCUUACCGGAGGGUUCUUCCAUAAGGACUCGUUUAAACCGAAAGAGGGUUACCGUAUUUUCAAUACGUGGGUGGGGGACCCCGCCAAGGUGUCGUUGCUAGAGGCGGUAGUCAAGGUCAUCCAGACUGACGGACUGCUGGACCAGGUCAGGAUCACGGGGACGCAUCUUCUCAACGGACUGAAAAACAUGCAGGAGAAGUACCCGGGGGUGUUAAGCAAGGCACGAGGGUUGGGAACUCACUGUGCGAUCGACUUUAAUGAGGCCGCGAUUCGGGACAAGGUCAUGGCCAGACUGAGGGAGAAAGGCGUCCACACUGGUGGUUCUGGCGUCUCGACACUACGUUUCCGACCCGCCCUUAUCCUGCAGACGAAACACGUAGACAUUUUCUUGGACCGAGUUGACUCAAUUUUGUCAAAAUUAGACAAGACGGCCUGAAUAGAACUGGUGGCUGAGUUGCCGGACAAUUCAAUUGAUCAAAAUUUUAAGAUUAAGGAUACGAGUUUACAUAUUACAUUACCCUGUGUUGAAGAAUCAUGUAAUGUAAUAGACUGUUGAACGAUUUCAAUAAACUUGAUGCUAUUUACUUAUUAACCACUUGAAACACCCUCACAGUAAUAUUGGUCAGUUCAAGAAAAACAAGAGAUAAAAUCAAUUAAGAGUACCAUGCAGUAUUGUAUUGAUUCAUUGACUAGUUCAAUUUCUAGUGAUUUCAUGAACUGAUACGCCUUUCUUCGAAAUGAUUCGCAUUUCCUUACACUGAUUACUUCAAGAGAUAACAUUCUGUAUAUAAUAACAUCAAUAAAUGAUUAAACCCA